AAACUAGGAAACCAUUGCACUUUUCUGGCUAUGUUAUCAGUUCUGUUUCUCCUGCUCGUCGGAGCAUUCACCAUCGGAGCCAACCCGGUCAACUUUGCAGACUGCCCAUUCCCAAAUGGUACUGACAAGGCGAUUCACUCCUACAUGUGCUCCGACAAUGAGCAAUUUUCAAUCACCGAUAUUCAGACUUUGGACUCUAAUCAGAAGCCCUACUACCCGAUUGACCCCCGCCAUCCGUUUAUUCUGAACCUUACCACUUACAAUCAUGGAGAACAAAUUGAUGAUAAUAAGGUGAAAGUGAAAAUCAAUCAGUACAAGUCAGGAUGGACUGGUGGAUGCUCUUGGAAGUCGAUUCCCACUUUUGGAUUGUUGGAUGAUAUUGAUGGCUGUGAUUUUGCACACAAUUGCCCGUUGGAGUCAGGACCGCUGUUUUUGAUUUUGCCGUUGGAUUUGAGCCAGUUUUCUGUCAUCAUUGAGCUUCUGGCUGCGCAUAAGCCCUACGAACUGGAAAUCCGCAUGUUCAACCACAAUCCAGGAAAUACAAAGCACGAAGAGAUUGCCUGUGUUAUGGCACAACUUGAGCUCUCCUAAUUUUUUUUUGUACAUUUUGAUAUGCUCGAUAAUAAAUACAUAUGCGCAUGACAAUUGAAAAUAUUACUAAAAAAGUAACUUG